AGCAUCCUUCAGGCGGAAGUAGACGGCGCAGAGAUUUUUUUUUUGGAAGUUCGUUGACUUGCGCACUGGCUGCCAGGGUGUAGUCGGAUAUAGCUCCUUUUCUCCUAAACUUUUCCCCCCAUGGCUGGGGUUACAAAGCUCAAAUAAAGUGGACGUUUGCACGAGAGAAGUUGAGAGCAGCUCGAACGUUUUGCGGAGGAAAAGCCAGCGCCACUAUUUCCCGCAUGGUUUAUUUAUAAACCCGCAAACACGGUAGCUGGCGAGUUACCGCAAACUUUGAAAGGCUGCGGGGAUUCGAGACGAUAAAGGUAUUUAAAGUCGCGCAAACGAGAGGACACAAUGGUACUUUUUUACUUGAUAUUAUUGACUUUGUGGGCAGCGGGCAGUCACGGAGCUAUGGAUGAAUGUAUAGACGAGGACAAUCGGCCUCAACGUUGCAUGCCGGAGUUUGUUAACGCCGCUUUCAACGUGACCGUGGUGGCCACCAACACCUGCGGCACUCCGCCCGAAGAGUACUGCGUGCAGACCGGGGCAACGGGGGUCACCAAAUCGUGCCACAUUUGCGAUGCCGGGGACCCCGGACUGCAUCACGACGCUGCGUUUCUCACCGACUACAACAACCAAGCGGAUACCACCUGGUGGCAAAGCCAGAAUAUGUUAGCGGGCAUCCAGUACCCUCACUCCAUCAAUCUGACCCUUCACCUGGGCAAGUCCUUUGACAUCACAUACGUGCGUCUGAAGUUCUACAUUAGCCGUCCUCAUAGUUUUGCCAUCUAUAAGCGCACGAGAGAGGACGGGCCCUGGAUUCCCUUCCAGUAUUACAGCGGCUCCUGCGAACAGACCUACAGCAAGACCAACCGUGGCUUCAUCCGCACGGGCGAGGACGAGCAGCAGGCUCUGUGUACGGAUGAGUUCAGCGAUAUCUCACCCCUCACCGGAGGAAACGUGGCCUUCUCCACACUCGAGGGCCGACCCAGUGCAUACAACUUUGACAACAGCCCCGUACUACAGGAUUGGGUGACUGCCACAGACAUCAAGGUGACCCUGAACAGAUUAAACACUUUCGGCGAUGAAAUCUUCAACGAUCCCAAAGUUCUCAAGUCCUACUUCUAUGCUAUCUCAGACUUCGCUGUGGGAGGAAGGUGCAAGUGUAACGGUCAUGCCAACCAGUGUGUGAAGAACGAGUACAGCAAACUGGUGUGUGACUGCAGUCACAAUACAGAGGGGGCGGACUGUGACGUGUGCAAGCCCUUCUACAAUGACCGGCCCUGGAGGAGAGCCACGGCCGACAACACCCACGAGUGCAUGCCCUGUAACUGUAACGGCAAGAGUGCCGAAUGUUACUUCAAUGCAGAGCUGUAUCGUGCCACGGGUCACGGAGGUCACUGCAUCAACUGCAUAGACAACACAGACGGGCCCAACUGCGAGAGAUGCCUGGAAAACUAUUACAGAGACGCAUCCGGUCAGCGCUGUCUGUCCUGCAGCUGCAACCCUGUCGGUUCUCUCAGUACUCAGUGUGAUAACGGCCGGUGUGUGUGUAAGCCUGGAGUGAUGGGAGACAAGUGUGACAGAUGCCAGCCCGGGUACCACACGCUGACUGAAGCAGGCUGCAGACCGUGCUCUUGUAAUCCUGCCGGAAGCACGCAAGAGUGUGAUGUCAACACGGGACACUGCCGAUGCAAGGAGAACGUGGAAGGCUUCAGCUGUGACAGGUGUAAACUGGGCUACUUUAAUCUGGACCCCCUGAAUCCUUUGGGUUGCACCCCAUGUUUCUGUUUCCAUCACUCCACUGUGUGUGAGAGCGCCAAUGGUUACAGCAUACACAAAAUCACUUCCAGCUUCGACCAAGGUGAUGAAGGUUGGAAGGGACAGAGGAGAGGUGGCACCAGCGCACCUGUGCGGUGGUCUUCCAGCUCUGGCGAGAUCUCGCUCAUCUCUGAAGACUACUUUCCCAUCUACUUUGUGGCUCCAGAGAAAUUUCUUGGCGAUCAGUUGCUGAGUUAUGGUCAGAACCUCACGCUAAACUUCAGGGUCCAGCGACACGAUGCACGGCUGUCAGCCGAGGAUGUCGUACUGGAAGGGGCGGGGCUUCAUGUUGCCGUGCCGCUUAUUGCUCAGGGCAAUUCCUAUCCAGAAGAAAAGAUGCUGUCAUUUGUGUUCAGACUUCACGACACCACUGACUACCCAUGGAGACCCACCUUAAAGCAUGCCGACUUCCAGAAACUUCUGAACAAUCUGACCGCCGUCAUGAUUCGUGGAACCUACAGUGAGAGAAGUGCUGGUUAUUUGGACAACGUGUCCCUCACAACAGCCCGCCGUGGUACUGGGACCCCAGCUCGAUGGGUUGAGAAGUGCACGUGUCCUGAGGGGUAUCUGGGACAACACUGUGAGCAGUGUGAGGUGGGAUACAGGAGGAGCCGCCCCGAGCUGGGCCGCUUCAGCAGCUGUGAGCCCUGCAACUGUAACGGGCACAGCGACACAUGCGACCCCGUGACAGGCAUGUGUAACUGCAGGCACAACACGGCAGGACUGAGCUGUGAGAGGUGUAAGGAUGGUUUCUAUGGUGACGCAACAGCGGGCUCCUCUAUAGACUGUCAGCCCUGUCCCUGCCCCGCAGGUGCCACAUGUGCUGUGGUGCCCAAAACUAAAGAGGCGGUCUGUACUAACUGCCCGACUGGCACAACAGGUAAGCGUUGUGAACUUUGUGACGAUGGCUUCUUCGGCGACCCGCUGGGCGAGGAAGGUCCGGUCAGGGCGUGCCGGGCGUGUAGCUGCAAUAACAACAUCGACCCCAACGCUGUGGGAAACUGUAACCGAGAGACGGGCGAAUGCCUCAAGUGUAUCUACAACACCGCCGGCGUCUUCUGCGACCGCUGCAAAGAGGGUUUCUAUGGUGACGCCCGUGCCGCCGAUGUAGCUGGCAAGUGUAAACCAUGUUCUUGCUCUCCGGACGGUACGGUGGACAGACAGACUACCUGCUUUCAGAGCACAGGUCAAUGUCAGUGUCUUCCUCACGUCACUAACAGAGACUGCAGCGCGUGUGAACCCGGCUUCUACAACAUACAGAGCGGCAAAGGCUGUGAACGGUGCAACUGCAACUCUAUUGGUUCCACGAACGGUCAGUGUGACAUCACUAGUGGUCAGUGUGAAUGUCAGCCUGGGGUCACAGGUCAACAGUGUGAGCGCUGUGAGGUCAACUUUUUCGCCUUCAGUUCCUCAGGAUGCAAACCUUGUGACUGUGAUCCGGAAGGUUCUCAGUCGGCUCAGUGCAGAGAGGACGGGCGUUGUGAGUGUCGUCCAGGUUUUGUGGGAGCUCGCUGUGACAUGUGCGAGGAGAAUUACUUCUACAACCGCUCUGUGCCCGGCUGCCAGCAGUGUCCCAACUGUUACAGUCUGGUCCGAGAUAAGGUGAACCAGCAGAGACGGAAGCUCCUUGACCUGCAGAAUCUGAUCGAUAAUCUGGAUAACAGUCAGGAAACAGUGAGCGACAAGGCCUUUGAGGACAGACUGAAGGAGGCAGAGAAAAGGAUCAUGGAUCUGUUGGAAGAGGCGCAGGCUAGCAAAGAAGUGGACAAAGGCCUUUUGGAUCGUCUAAACGACGUCAACAAGACGUUGAACGCUCAGUGGAACAGACUGCAGAACAUCAGGAACACUGUGGACAACACAGGAGCUCAGGCGGACAGAGCUCGUAACCGAGUCCGUGAAGCAGAAGAUCUGAUCAGCACCGCUAGAGAGGAGCUGGAUAAAGCCAAAGAGGCCAUCAGCAAAGUGGACAUCAAAAUACCCUCAACGUCUGGAGAUCCAAACAACAUGACUCUCUUGGCCGAGGAAGCCCGUAAAUUGGCAGACAAACAUAAAGCCGACGCAGAUCAGAUCGAGAAGAUCGCAAAAGACGCCAAUGACACGUCUACCAAAGCGUUUAACCUGCUGAAGAAGGCGCUGGAUGGAGAGAAUAAGACGAGCAGCGACAUUGAUGAGCUCAACAGGAAGUAUAAUGAGGCAAAGGACCUGGCCAAGAGUCUGGAUAAACAAGCUGCCAAAGUUCACGCUGAAGCAGAGGAGGCUGGGAACAAAGCUCUGAGGAUCUACGCUAACCUGACCAGUCUGCCUCCAGUCGACACUAAAUCGUUAGAGGACGAAGCCAAUAAGAUUAAGAAAGAGGCGUCGGACCUGGACAAACUGAUUGAUAAAACUGAGAAAGAGUACGACGACCUUAGGGAAGAUCUGAGGGGCAAGGAGACGGAGGUCCGGAAACUGCUGGAGAAAGGAAAGACAGAGCAACAGACGGCUGAUCAGUUGUUGGCGCGUGCAGACGCAGCUAAAGCUCUGGCGGAGGAGGCGGCAAAAAAAGGCGUAUCUACUUUCCAAGAGGCCCAGGACAUACUGACCGACCUCAGAGAUUUCGACAGGAGAGUGAAUGACAACAAGACCGCUGCCGAGGACGCCAUGAGACGCAUCCCAGAAAUCAACGCGACAAUCAACGAAGCCAACGAGAAGACCCGACGGGCCGAGGCGGCUCUGGGCAACGCGGCAAACGAUGCUAAAGAGGCGAAAGCGAAGGCAGAGGAAGCCGAGAAAAUCGCCAAUGACGUGCAGAAGGGUUCCGCGAAGACGAAGGAAGAUGCAGAAAAAGCUUUCGAGGACACCAUGAAACUGGACGGUGAGGUGAACGGCAUGAUGGAUCAGCUCGCGGCUGCCGAGAAAGAGCUCGUGGAGAAGAAAAAAGAGGCCGAUAACGACAUGAUGAUGGCAAACAUGGCGUCGGAUAACGCUAAAGCAGCUGAGGAGAAAGCCCGUAAAGCCAAAAGCUCCGUCAGGAUGGUGCUACAGACGAUCAACGACUUGCUAAGACAGCUGGGCAACAUCGAUAAGGUCGAUCUGAGUAAGCUGAAUCAGAUUGAUAACGCUCUGAAAGACGCCAAGGACAAGAUGGCAGGAAGCGAGCUGGACAGGAAGUUGAAGGAGCUGAACGACGUAGCCAAGAGCCAGGAGGACAUGAUCAGCGACUACGAUCGCCAGAUCAAGGAGAUCCGAGCGGACAUCGCCAACCUCAACGACAUCAAAAACACUCUGCCGGAAGGCUGCUUCAACACUCCCUCUCUAGAGAAGCCUUAACGUCAACACACACCGACUUCUGCCUCACACGGCCUCCACGGCGCGGACCUCCGCCGCGUCUCAACCAAAAGCUUUCGCUUUCUUUUCAUUUUCUUUUUAUUAGCUUUGUUUGUGUGUCGACAAGAAAAGCCACAUUUUUCAAUCCGAUGUUUUACAGACAGAAGACGAGCUUUUAAUUUUUCUAUAGGCUAUGCAGAAAUGCCACAACGUGAAGAGAGCGUGAAUGUGUGUGUAUUAGUGGUUGUCUAUGUGUGUGUGUGUGUGUGUGUGUGUUACAGCAAACAGGAAGAGGUGAAGUUCCUCUUCCGUUGAACAUGAACCCAUAUGACUGCACCGGCUUUUUUUCGUAAACCUCACGGGAAGCUCAUCACGUGCUCGUCCUCAGUCCGAAUGAUCUGAAAUAAACCCAGAAGCCAACCGUAAGCCAAGACUCGAGGAUGUUUUUGUUGUGUUUGUCGUCUGGGGGGAGUCUACUACUUAAGCUAGUGUAUAUCAUCCGUACGCUUUGGUUGCUUAUUGCUAUUCGUUCAAAGCUAACAUUGAAGGAGUUUUAUAUCGCUCACACCUGUUUUCUGAACGGCCCGGGCUGUAUUUUGUACUGAUGCGAUGACCGCGUCAUACACGUCCAUACAGUAUUUAGUGUUUAUAUCAAUACGCAAACGUUGAGAAAGCGAAGUCAAGAAGUUUCCCGCGUGGCUCGCGCGUUCACACGUUUCGUUUCGACGCAUCCUGUUCGCCAUACAUUUCAUGUUCGUUUAAACACUACCGUUUCAUGUUUAUGUGUUUUUUUAUUUCUCAAAAGCUGCUGCUUCCAACAGGUGUCCUGCGAAUUAACACGUUCGAACGUAAUUCAACACUAUGCAACUUUGUACAUUGGCGUAGCAAGACUUUAUCUGAUACACUGGUGCUAAUAAUUAUUUCAAAUGUUAUAUUUUUGUGUGAAUGUUAUUUUUGGUUGUUUUCUUCUUUUUUUUGUAAUAAUAUAGAGUUGAGGAACCGUUAUUUGUGUAAAUAUGCUUAAAUGAUUCAGGAACGGCUGAUUUUAAACCAACCAGCCACCUCAUCAGUUUGUUCGCAAGAAAAUCAGUCAAUACUUCAU